GUUCGCGGGGCUUCGUGUCUCCGGACGUGCCUACUCUAGAGUCACCUUGCCCUGACUGGUGCUGCUUCGGGUGCUGCUGCUGUACCGGGGAGAGAGCGGGUGGACCGUCCGGCCCAGAGGCACACAGGCAGCGGGAAUCUGACCGGCGACUCUGCGGCUACUGACCGACCGGGGGAAACAUGGCGGAGGGAAAGCCCAAGACCUCUCCGAAGGCCAUCAAGUUCCUAUUCGGAGGCUUGGCCGGGAUGGGUGCGACAGUCUUUGUGCAGCCGUUGGACCUGGUGAAGAACAGGAUGCAGCUGAGCGGUCAGGGAACGAAGGCUCGUGAAUAUAAAACCAGUUUCCACGCUCUGUUAUCCAUCCUGAAGAACGAAGGAGUUCGAGGCAUCUACACUGGUCUGUCAGCAGGUUUGUUGCGUCAGGCGACCUACACGACGACUCGCCUGGGAAUCUACACCAUCCUGUUUGAGAAGAUGACUGGAGCUGACGGACGACCGCCAAACUUCUUCCUCAAGGUACGAAACUUUUUACAGUUUUUACCGGACACAAGUGUGAAACUGUGGAAACGUUAA